CCUGGGCUAAUCUUGUCCUGGUGACUUCACGCGCUGCCUCGGGCCCAGUCGUCAUGGUUACGCCGCAGCGCCCAGCGUGCUGCUCUGUCCUCCCUCACUCGCCUGCUCUGUCCUGUCCUCUAGCCCACCCGGACCCCCGCCCCCAGCCACGUGACAGCCGGGAAGGAGGUCGGGAGUGAGGGGAGGGGAUUCUAAGGCCGUAACCCCUUCCUCUCCGCUUUGAAAUGAUCUUCACUUGGACUUGGGGACUCUUGGCCCGGUGGGUGGUCCCUGUUCUUCCCUAGACGACCCAAUGCCACCAUUCCUGUUCCCUGGCCAAACCCAGGCAGCAGAGCAUCCGAGACUCCUGGGGGCCUUGCCUCUGGACAGUCCAGUCCCGGCCCUGGGGGUCCAGAGAUCAGGCAGGACCCGCCAAUCGCCACACCAUCAACGCAGGGCCCAGCCACCAUGGCCUGCCUCCAUGACACUCGCACGCCCUCCCCUUCCUUUGGGGGCUUUGUAUCCACCCUCAGCGAGGCAUCCAUGCGCAAGCUGGACCCGGACACUUCAGACUGCACCCCUGAGAAGGACCUGACACCUACGCAGUGUGUGCUUCGAGAUGUCGUGCCCCUCACUGGGCAGGGUGGUGGUAGCGGGCCCAGCCCUUCCCCCGGGGGAGAGGCACCUCCGGAGCCUUUUGCCAACAGCGUGCUGCAGCUCCAUGAGCAGGAGGCGGGCGGGCCCGGGGGCGCUACCGGGUCUCCUGAGAGCAGGGCUUCCAGGGUGCGAGCGGACGAGGUGCGGCUCCAGUGCCAGAGUGGCAGCGGCUUCCUCGAAGGCCUCUUUGGCUGCCUGCGCCCCGUCUGGACCAUGAUAGGCAAAGCCUACUCCACAGAGCACAAGCAGCAGCAGGAAGACCUUUGGGAAGUGCCCUUUGAGGAAAUCCUGGACCUGCAGUGGGUGGGCUCGGGGGCCCAGGGCGCCGUCUUCCUGGGGCGCUUCCAUGGGGAGGAGGUGGCUGUGAAGAAGGUGCGAGACCUCAAGGAGACAGACAUCAAGCACCUGCGGAAGCUGAAGCACCCCAACAUCAUCACUUUCAAGGGCGUGUGCACCCAGGCCCCCUGCUACUGCAUCCUCAUGGAGUUCUGCGCCCAGGGGCAGCUGUACGAGGUGCUGCGGGCUGGCCGCCCUGUCACCCCCUCCCUGCUGGUGGACUGGUCCAUGGGCAUCGCGGGUGGUAUGAACUACCUACACCUGCACAAGAUCAUCCACAGAGACCUCAAGUCCCCCAACAUGCUAAUCACCUACGAUGACGUGGUCAAGAUCUCAGAUUUCGGCACUUCCAAGGAGCUGAGUGACAAGAGCACCAAGAUGUCCUUUGCAGGCACCGUGGCCUGGAUGGCCCCUGAGGUGAUCCGCAAUGAGCCUGUGUCUGAGAAGGUGGACAUCUGGUCCUUCGGUGUGGUGCUGUGGGAACUGCUGACUGGCGAGAUUCCCUACAAAGAUGUGGACUCCUCUGCCAUCAUCUGGGGGGUGGGAAGCAACAGUCUCCAUCUGCCUGUGCCCUCCAGCUGCCCGGACGGCUUCAAGAUCCUGCUUCGCCAGUGCUGGAACAGCAAGCCCCGAAACCGCCCGUCAUUCCGACAGAUCCUGCUCCACCUGGACAUUGCCUCAGCGGAUGUGCUCUCCACACCCCAGGAGACCUACUUUAAGUCCCAGGCAGAGUGGCGGGAAGAAGUAAAGCUGCACUUUGAGAAGAUCAAGUCGGAAGGGACAUGCCUGCACCGCCUGGAGGAGGAGCUGGUGAUGCGGCGGCGAGAAGAGCUCAGACACGCGCUGGACAUUCGGGAGCACUACGAACGGAAGCUGGAACGAGCCAACAACUUGUACAUGGAACUCAACGCCCUCAUGUUGCAGCUGGAACUCAAGGAGCGGGAGCUGCUCAGGCGGGAACAAGCUCUGGAGCGGAGGUGUCCAGGCCUGCUCAAGUCACACCCUUCCCGAGGACUCCUGCAUGGCAAUACUAUGGAGAAGCUCAUCAAGAAGAGGAAUGUGCCACAGAAGCUGUCGCCCCACAGCAAAAGGCCAGAUAUCCUCAAGACUGAGUCCUUACUACCUAAACUAGAUGCUGCCCUAAGUGGGGUGGGGCUUCCUGGAUGUCCUAAGGGACCCCCAUCACCAGGACGGAAUCGCCGUGGCAAGACCCGUCACCGGAAGGCCAGCGCCAAGGGCAGCUGUGGGGACCUGCCUGGGCUUCGAGCAGCUGUGCCACCUCAUGACCCAGGAGGACUAGGAGGCCCAGGGGCCCUGGGAGGGGGCCCUUCAGCUUGGGAGGCCUGUCCCCCUGCCCUCCGUGGGCUCCACCAUGACCUUCUGCUCCGCAAGAUGUCUUCAUCAUCCCCAGACCUGCUGUCGGCAGCAUUAGGAACCCGGGGCCGGGUCACCCCGGGAGCAGCCGGGGAUCCUGGAUCGCCACCUCCAAUGCGGGGUGACACCCCCCCAAGUGAAGGCUCAGCUCCUGGCUCCACCAGCCCAGAUUCCCCUGGGGGAGCUAAAGGGGAGCCGCCUCCACCAGGAGGGCCUGGUGAAGGUGUGGGGCUGCUAGGACCUGGAAGGGAAGGGACUGCAGGCCGGGGAGGAAGCCGGGCUGGGUCCCAGCACUUGACUCCAGCUGCACUGCUGUACAGGGCUGCUGUCACACGAAGUCAGAAACGUGGCAUCUCAUCAGAGGAGGAGGAAGGAGAGGUAGACAGUGAAGUAGAGCUGACAUCAAGCCAGAGGUGGCCGCAGGGCUUGAACAUGCGCCAGUCACUCUCUACCUUCAGCUCUGAGAAUCCAUCAGACGGGGAGGAAGGUACAGCUAGCGAGCCUUCCCCUGGUGGCACACCUGAAGUUGGCAGUACCAAUACAGAUGAGCGGCCAGAUGAACGAUCUGAUGACAUGUGCUCCCAGGGCUCAGAAAUCCCAUUGGACCCACCAGCUUCUGAGGUGGCCGCGGAUCCUGAACCCAGCUCCCUGCCUGUCCCACACCAGGACCUACUCAGAGGUGAGCAGGGCCCUCCCAAUUCUGAGGACUCAGACUGUGACAGCACUGAAUUGGACAACUCCAACAGCAUUGAUGCCUUGCGGCCCCCAGCCUCCCUCCCUCCAUGAAAGCCACCUUAUUCCCUGUACAUAGAGAAAUAUUUAUAAAAAUUAUAUAUAUGCGCCACAUAA